GUCUGGCAGAGAUGCCAACAAGUAAAUAAGGCCCAUCUGUCAGUGAAUGUUCCGGAGACUCCGUCGUGUUUCCGGAUAAGUGCAAAACGUGGCCGAAAUAAGCACCGCCAGCGAAAUAAGCGGAGGAACCUCCUCCUUUCACGCCAAAUGACCCUCGCAAACACGCGAAAGAAGGGCCAUGCAAAGGGGAAAUAAGCGUGCACCAGCCAGCAUUGCAAGAGGCCCGUCACUUCUUGCAGACGAGAUUGAUGCAAAUUGAUGCAGCUUCACCUUGCAACAAAAUGGUUCGGUUCUGGCUAAGGGUCCUAACUCCACGAGGACGCCGCAUUUACCUCGUGCUGGCCAGCGGACUCUUCCUGCUGUCAAUAUCCUUACUAGUUGCGCGGUCUUGGAAGCUGAAGUCACAUGCCGGGAACUUCCUCUAUCACGAGGAACUACAGAGAACCGCCGAUGAAAUAGGCUCUAGUUUCUACUACGAGCCUCGCAAAGACACAGAGAAGGUGUUCAGUCACAAGGAGAGCAAAGGAGGACUGACGUGGUUUGUUCAGGUUUCGGACAUUCAUCUCCGCUUGGGGGCUGAGGAAGAGGUGCAGCAGUUUCGAGAAUUUGUCGAAGAUGCAGUGACAAUCCUGAAGCCAGCUGCCGUGCUUGUAACAGGUGAUCUGACAAACUCUAAGACUUAUGGGGUGAAGCUGAAGGAGAUACCCCAGGAAUGGGCCAUAUAUAAGCACUCCGUAAGGGACAGACUCAAUGUAAAUGUCUCUACCCUAUGGCUAGAUAUUGCAGGCAAUCAUGAUAAUUUUGAUGAGGUGAAUCAUUCCCACUUCAAGUCACAUGCGGUCCAAGUGUCCUUCGAAAAUACACAGACAGCCAGAAGGAUCAUUGUGACAGAUGGCGACGGGAGAAACAUAACUCUCAUUCCAGUGGACGCGUCGCUCAAGCCAGGCAUCAGGGCUUAUAAUUUCCUGGGUUAUCUCCCUGACCAUGAAUUUAGGGAGCUACAGAGAACAGCCAAAGAUGCGUACACACGGGGGGACAUUGUCUUGUUCUAUGGCCACUACCCAACGAGCACCAUCAUCACAUCAAGGGACCUGAGGAGACUGUUGUCAGGAGGAACGGCCUAUCUGUGCGGCCACCUCCAUACUGGCUUCAGUCUCGCAGAUCCUAUGUGGACUAAGCAUCCUAUCGGCCUCAUGGAACUGGAACUUGCCGAUUGGGCUCAUCAUCAUAGGUACCGGAUUCUGUCUGUUGAUAAUGGCAGAGUAACCUGGCUUGACGUUAACCACUCAUCCUGGCCCGUUGUGCUUGUAUCAAAUGUUAGCUGUUAUCCAAAAGGGGUGUCCUCCGUCAGGUACAUUGUAAGGCUUCUUGUUUUCUCUAAUGAGGAGGUCUCGGCUGUGUCAGUACGUAUUGAUGACAAUUUGGGCCACUGGAUAUCCUGUAAGCACAGCCAUGGCCCACUAUACACUGCAGUAGUUGAUGUACAUACAGACCAAUGGGAGCCUCAGGUCACAGAGGAAAAUUUUGUGAAGAAUUUGCAGAUUUUGAUUGGCAAUACUUCAGGAAGUAAAACACUUCUAAGGAUUGGUACAGAGGGAGCUGGCUUUGCUCAACCACAUCCGUCUCGCAUCGGUACCAUCAUGCUUACAAUUAAUCUUCAUGAUGCGUUCAUGAUCAUCUAUGUGACGGGUGUUGGCUUGUGUGCUGUCCUCCUCUUACUAGGAAAGUAUCAAGUCUUUUGUCAGCCGGUAAUUCCAAAGAAGUUGAUGUGUGCUGCAUCAGGCCUGGCACACAAUCAUGUUGUGUUUGUCCAUCUGCUUAUCUUCCUUUUUUAUCCUCUCAUUGGACCGUGGUAUAUUGGACGCCUUGCUGGGGAUAAAUAUGGUGUUGUGUUCAUGUGGGGAAUUUUUGUGGACUCCUCUGCAUUACCUGGAGAAUUAACAUAUCCUGAUGCCUUUUUCCUGUGGAUUACUCUACAACUGCCUGUGUUUAUUUUGGUUAUGAUGAAAAAAGGAAUAAGCUUGGAGUCAGCCAGACACCGGUGUGGAUGUUGGGUGACUUUCUGCAUGAUGUUGAUAGUCCUCCUGCAGUUGCCCAGCAUUCUUUCCUGGCUAUUUCUUGACAGCCUUCUGCUCAAUGGUCCACUGAGGCUGGGUCUGACUUCCAUUGCAGUGUCACUCUGGAAAAGGUUCUAAUUCCAUUGUUGAUUUUCAAUUUUAUUUAUUUAUAUAUAUUAUUAUUUGUUUAUUUAUUUAUUUGUUUAUUUGUUUAUUUAUUUACUUCUGUGAGCAAUGCCAAAGGAAAAUGAAGGAUGACUUCUAAUAUGAUCUCUUGUAGUUGUGAUUGUAAGUUACUUUAUUUCUGUGUUAGUGAUUUGUGUGUGUGCCUUGGUCAGUGACCUUCUCAUGAAACAGGUUAUUUUAUGACAGGAUGAUAUUGCAUACACAGGGUAUUAUAAAAGGGUGAAGUGGUGUAUGGUAUGAAAUAACUAUUACCACUAACUUUUAGAUGAAAAUGGUGUCAUAAUAUAAUAGAAAGUCUGUAUGCACCAUUUUCUACAUUGAGCCAAUUACUUAAAUCUCAUAAUCAAAUACUGCAUUCAGGUUUUUUGUUAUUACUGUUAUUGUUAUUUCUUUUUGUUGUUAUACAGUAAACUAUUUUGGUGUUAGAUGUUGGAUGCUACUGAAGGGUAAGACUGUUAUAUACUGAAACUCUACUUGGUUUCUUGCUAUUUUUACUAAAUUGACAGUAUAUAUUGGAUAACGUCUUCCUGUAGAUUUUAUUACUUCUUCCUCUUGAUUUUGAUUCUUAUAAUGGAAUGUAAGAAGGUGACGUUCAGAACCUACUAAAUAUGUCAUUCAUGUAAUGCAACAGGAAUAUAAUGGACUGUAGUGUAUCUGGUGUAGUUAUGUAGUAAUGGAUAUUAAGCGUGGCAUAAGGAGGAUUUAAUGGUUGAUGCUUGCAAUAAAGAAUUCAGUAUUAUGCUUCCUCUUUACAGUCAGCAGCCAAGUAACAUGCUGGACCAAAAUGAUGCAACUGCUAUGCUAGCAAUCAAGUAGUGGUCGAAGUUGUGAGGCAAAGUUAUUAACUGGUACAUGCUCAUAAAAGUAUCAGUCAGGAUGAAAGUAUUGUAGGUAAAUGUAUAUUGCCUGUAUAUUUAUAUUUAGAUGAUGUAUACAGUAUGCAUUUAGAGUGAUAUAGUU